AGAAUCAUUCCCACACCACGCCGCAACCAAUCAAAACCAGCGACAUGAUUUCCACAUCCACAACAUCUUUUAUCUCUUCAGCUCCAUUCCUUGCCCCGAAAGUACGGGUUCCAAACUCAAACCCUUAUCCUUCUAAUUCCAUCGCAGUCCGUCCGCUUACCAUCUCCGCCGCUUCAUGCGCAUCGACGGCGGAGAAGCCGGCGAUGUCCCACACUGCAUCGGCCUCUUCGCUUUACGAUGUCCUCGGGAUUCGAAUGGGAGCCACCAAUCAGGAGAUCAAGACUGCUUACCGAAGAUUAGCAAGGGUUGUGCACCCGGACGUUGUAGCCAAUGGCCCAAGGAGGACUAGCACUCAAACUUCUUCUUCUGCAGACGACUUCUUGAAGAUCCACGAAGCUUAUUCCACUCUAUCCGAUCCCGAUAAGCGCGCCGACUAUGACCGUAUGCUGUACAGACGGAGAGGACCGGUUAGUUCACCGGCGGCGAUGUCAUAUGCAGCUUCAAGAUUUUCUGCCUCUAUGAGUAUGCGCCGUACAUGGGAAACCGAUCAGUGUUGGUAGCAUGAUAUACCAAAAGAAAUAUACAUGUUUAUAGCAUCGAAUUGUUAUAUAUUGAAAAUUAUUGAUACAUUGAACGUAUAUUUUUAGA